GCAGCGCCCCUCGCGGCGCAGCGACGUCACUGGUCACGUGUCAGCCCACUACGACUCGCUGAAGUUGGAGAAAAGUUUGACAAGAGCCUCGAAACAACCAGGAAAAGGAAACCCUAACAAGAUACCGACAGUGUUUUAAUCUGCAGAGACGAUGGAAGGUGUCGCUCAGAAAGUGCUCAUGUCCGGAUUCAGCCUUGACCUGGGACCCCUCAAAGAGCCACUGGCUUUUAUUCGUUUGCUCGAAUGGAUAUUCUCCAUAUUCGCCUUUGCUACGACUGGAGGUUACUCGGGCACCACGAGCAUCAACAUCAAGUGCCAAGGGAUGGGCAACCAAGAAAUACAUGCGUACUUUAACUAUCCAUUCAGGUUGAUGGACCAUUCGUACAGUGUUCUCAAUUGUCAAAACAAUCACACUGAACCCAUGUUCUUGAUUGGAGACCACUCGUCCUCAGCACAGUUUUUCGUCUGCAUUGGAGUGUUUUCCUUUCUCUACUGCAUUGCCACGCUGAUCCUCUACCUGGGCUACCAACACUUGUACAGAGAGUCUAGUCGUGGCCCUAUCGUGGAUCUGGCCGUGACUGCGAUUCUGGCCUUUCUGUGGCUGACGUCGUCAUCAGCCUGGGCAAAAGGCCUGACUGAUGUGAAGUGGUCCACCAGUCCUUCAAACAUUUUAUCUCUCAUGAACUUCUGCAAGGAUGAAAAGAACAAGUGCGCUCCAGGUGGACUGCCUCACAUGGGCCGACUAAACGCCUCCGUGAUUUUUGGUUUUCUUAACCUCAUACUGUGGAGUGGCAACUGCUGGUUCAUUUACAAGGAAACACCCUUCCACAAAUCAGCCAGCCCUCCUGCCGAUGUGGAGGGAGGAGUCAGGACGUCCUAAUGGCACCGCUUCCUCAUCUCAAAACUGUUACACGUGGUGUUACUGAAUGAAUCAUCUGGUACUAACUGUUCUGAGAGAAGUGUUAAAGAUUAUGAAAUACACAUUUAAAAAAAUGACUGGUCCUCAUUGGUAAAUGUUACAGUUUAUGUUUAGGGAUAUUUUAUCUUGAAAAUAAGUUCCUGAAAUCUGGAGCUUGGUCAGACUGAAAACAAAGCAGAAAAAUUCAGCUAUUCAAAAGGCAGUUAACCAUGUUCUUCUCAUACAUUUUCAGAUUGCUGUUUUUUUUUUUUUUUUUUUUUUUUUAUUAAAUUCAUAGGUAACUGAUUGAUACUCAAAUAUGGGGAAAUGUGCAUGCCCUCUGCAUGAAAUGGUACUGCAGAUGUGUGGAGCCUGUAGCCCGUGUUGACGAUAAAAGCAUGAGUCAGCAUCACUUGAAUUAAUCCAUUUAACUGCCAACAGUGACUAAGUCACAUCGCUUGUUUACACAAAUGUGCAUUGUUAAAGUGAGCAAUCCCUAAAAACUCGGGCAAAAUACCAAACAAAUGUAAAAUAGUUAAAGUGAAUGUACUGGUAACACAAGUAGACAAAAAUGAAAAAUAAUUGCAGUCCUACUUAAACAAAUUAGUCAUUUGUCAUUUGGAUGUGUAAUUACAGUUAGUUUUUUGUUUUUUUGUUUUUUGUUUUUUUUUUUUUUCAUUUUGAUAACUGGUCUAAUCAAAUUGCAGAAUUGAAAUUAUUUAUCUUGUGUGGAAGCAUUUUUAUUUGCCCUUUAUCAUCAUUUUGUGUCUUGUCAUUUUACUUUUACGCUACAUAAUAUUUUGUUGUACAGGGUGCAUAUAAGUUUACACCUAACUUUACAUAUAACCAACAAUAUACUAAUUAGGAAAAAUUGCAUUUUUUUCCUAUAAAGCAAUGGAUAAUUUCUUUUUGUGCUGCAUGUUUAUGUUUAAAGGUUUUCUAAGAAAAUAACGCACCUAAGUCCUACAGUGUUUGCAUGCCAGUGUCCGCUGUAUUACCUUGUGCAGCCUUGUUGAUUGCUGUUCAAAGUGUCCAAAAAAAAAAAAAAAACUUAAUUGUUACUAAUCUGUUACUAAGUAACUGCAUCAAUUUUAGUUGGCUUUUGCCUCUCUUCUA